AUGGACUUUCAUCCACAUCCUCCAAGACGAGGCAGACCUCCUCCUCCUCCACCACGUCCACAACAAAGACUCCCGCCACCUAGACGUAGAGGACAACCACCACCACCACCUCCGCGUCGUCCUCCACCAGCUCAUGGACUGCCUCCUCCUCGAAGACGAGUACCAGCACCACCUCCGCCUAGGAGAGCACCACCACCGCCUCGACAGCAACAAGUAAUUCAAUAUAGGCCACCACCCCAACAACCUAGAUAUGUACCACCACCACAACAACCUAGAUAUGUACAUGUACCACCGCCACAACAGCCUAGAUAUGUACCAAAACCACCACCACCACCACCAAGACCUCAACAGCCCAUAUAUGUACCACAACCACCACCACCAAGACCUCAACAACCCAUAUAUGUACCACCAACACAACCACCAAGACCUCAAAAGCCUAUAUAUGUGCAACCACCACCUGCACCACAAUAUGUUCCUCCUCCUCAACAGCCAACGCAGCCACCCGUACAAAAUUUCUUUCCUUUUGCAUUCUUGGCUUCAUUGUUUCAGCAAUCUCAGCCUACAAUAUCAGCAACAACUACAACUAAACCAACAACAAGGCCGCCGCCACCUCCAAAAACUACAACAACUACAACAGCAAAGCCACCUGAAGUAGAAAUCGAGUAUGAAAGCUAUAGAACAACAAGACCUCCUCAACCACUUCCGGUUCGAACAACGCCUAUCCCUGUUCCUACAACAACAGGAAUGUGGUGGUUCUUUAAUGUUCCAACUACGCAGGCGCCAGUCUAUGUUCCGGUUGCUUUCAAGGAGACAUCUUGUAAUUGUUAUAAAGGAUAUGAUUUUUGUCCUGCAAAUAAAAUAAGAAAUGGAGAUUGUGUGGAAAACGAUGCCAUACGAUGUUGUGGCUUUGAUAAAUAG